UGAUGAAAUGACAAACCCUGGUGUCCCCACCCAUAAUCUCCAGCAUGUACUUUGUGUUUCUGGCUACCAUAAAAUGUCAACAAAUCCCUUCCUGCAAGAAGAACCUGCACAGCCAGAUGUGUAUGAAAUCUCACUGCUGGUCAUCCUGUUUUGUCCUACAGCUCUGGGAAUGUCUUGGUAUUCUGCACGCUUUAGAAUCCUUUCUGAUCCUUAAGGAAUGUAGUUUUCCAGAAAAGAAGUCCGCACAUACAUGCACAUGAUCCAGCACAUGCCUAAAUGUAUCCGUGCCUGUGAGAGAUAAUUUCUACAGAAGAAUUCUUCUUCCUCUCUCUCUGUCUGUCUCUUUCCCCCAUGCCCUUUGUGUCCAUUUAGCCAGUGAAUGACCAUCUCUGCAAAUCAGUCUGACCCCCUCUCCUUCUUGCACUGCCCUUUCUCUCUCACUACAAAUCUAGUCAUUUCAUGCUCAACUGCAAGAUUUUCAGUCACAGUCUUUGUGGUGAUGAUGAUGCAAAAUACUAUCGUGCCGCAUUGAAGGCUAAGGGAUUUAGCGCUAACCUCUUUGUAAUUUCCAGGAAGUAAGAAUUGUUUAUUUGGCUUUUGGAGGGGGUGCAGUGAUACAGUACUAUCUUUGAUUUAUCUGGAAAAUAUUUUACAGCAGUUAUUAUCCAUCCAUCUUUAUUUUCAUUAACAUAUUCAUUUUUAAAUAGCUUUAUAAAUUAUGUAUAGUAUACAUCUGUUAGGGAGGGUUCAAUGCACUACAGUUAAUUAAGUGGAUACAUACUAUGUAUGUUUUUUUCUGCUAAAACAGCAGUAACAUUAAAUACCUCACACAUGUAAUUUACUAAAUAGUUCUCUAGAGAAAGGUUAAAAGGUAUUUAAGGAACCAAAAACAGAACCCUUUUCAGAGUGUAAAUGGAGUCUUUUACCUGACCUGCUGUGAACAUGCACUUUUCUAGAGGGAGAAAAUUGCACCUCUUGAUGGUAAUCCAAAUCUGAAAAAAAAAAAGUGAAAUGCUACAUCAUGAAUGUAAAGCAAGUAGGUUGACUACUUGCACUGAUGCAACAGAAAUAAUGUUUUGCCAAUGUCAGUCUUGAUGUCUUAGUCUUUGGCUGAAAGGCAGUGGAUGGGGGCCAAAUUACAAUUUGAAGCAAAGCGAGCACCAGUGUAUCUACAGAAGUGGAACACUAACGCCUGCAGAUCUUUAUCUCCUUUUUUCAAAUUUGUAUUUCUCUGGUGAAGUUUUUUCAGCAUAGCAAGAAACAUAAUGUCCUAGCUAUUUCUUAAAUACAUGGCACAAUUCAACUGUUACUGUUUUGACAAAGAAGAUAAUACCUAGGCCUGAUGUAAUGUUAGUAAUUUAGUUUGCUGAGCAAUUUGCAGUGGCCUGAGGUCAGCCUUUGGAAAGUUAUCUCAUCCAGUCUUGGUCUGUUUCUCAUUAAAUCCCAGAAAUAGAAAAUAAAACGAUCAACUUCCAGGAGAUAAUCUAGUACAGAAGUCUGAAUCUGAUGAGAUAACUUGGGGAAAAGGUUAUUCCUUAUGCCUGUUUCAGUGCUGGAGUUUUUGAUUUUCUUGCACAUUCAGUAAAAUGAAGGAUCUGAUAAUUACUUAAGUUGAAUCAUCCAUAGCUUCUGCUCAGGGUGAAGAGAUUGGUUCAUGGAAAGAACCUUGUUAUUGUUUCUCUUUUAGAAGACUUGCUUCCAGAUAUUUAACCAUCAUUAGUCCGUUGACCAUUAGAUUAAAGACAGGCUCUACAGCACAUUUUAGAGUAUUCUUGGUUGAAGUUUUGUCUUGUGUUUUGUUUUUUUAAUGAGUUCUUUAUAUUUUUCUGAAUUUAAUUUGUGAAGUGCUGUGACCAUCCUGCCGUGGUCUGCAUGCUCCUUUCAGUCUGGUUCCUUUUUCUUUCUCCUUCUCUUCCCUUUGGUCAACCCCUCUUUGUCAUAUGUGCCUCUGUCAGUAAUGCAUAUUGCAAGUGCUCUUGACUGUUCCACAGGGCAUGAUAACCUGCCUCUAGUGAACCGCCAGGAGAUACAAAGUGGCAGCCUGCCAUCACUUACUCAAGAGGUCAACGACAAUCACUACUUCCCUCCAGUGCAGAACAGCCACCGGCAGCUCAAACCCCCUUUGCCUCAACAGCAGCAGCCUCCUACUAGCCAGGGAAUGGAGCUGGUCAAGGUGCCAACUGACCUUCCAAAUGGGCAGCUGAGGCGCCUGGAGCAACACCAGCUGCAGCUGCACCAAAUUCAGGAGCGGCAGGAGCAGGAGAGGCAGAAGCGCUUAUGGCUGGAGGGUGCAAGGCAGCGACUAGAGCUGCAGAGGCACUUGCAGAGGCAGCAGAGGUUGCGGCACGAGGAAGAGUUGCAACAGCUGCACCUGCAGAAUCAGCAGCAGCAGCGACAGGAGGGAGAGAGGGAGCGUCUUCAGCUGCAGAGGCAGCAGCAGUGGCAGGAGGAAGAGAGGAAGCAGCUAGAGCUGCAGAGGCAGCGGCAGGAGGAAGAGCGGCAUCGGCUGGAGCUGCAGAGGCAGCAAGAGAAACAGCAGCUGGAGCUGCAGAGACGGCGGCAGGAACAAGAGAGGCAGCAGCUGGAGAUGCAAAGGCAACGAGAAAGGCAGCGACAGGAAGAAGACAGGCAACAACUAGAGCUACAGAGGCAGCGGAAGGAAGAAGAGAGGCAGCAGCUUGAGCUGCAGAGACAGCAAGAGAGGCAGCAGCUGGAACUGCAGAGGCAACGGCAGGAAGAAGAGAGGAAGCGGCUUGAGUUGCAGAGGCAACAAGAGAGGCAGCAGCUUGAGUUGCAGAGGCAGCAGAAGGAGAAAGAGAAGCAUCGGAUGGAGGUGCAGAGGCAGCAGUGGCAAGAGGAAGAGAGGCAGCGGCUGGAGCGGCAGAAGCAACUGGAGAGGCAGCGGCGAGAGCUACUGCAGCUGCAGCUCCAUCAGCAGCAACAGGAGCACAGGCAGCGACGCCAACUCCUACAGUGGCAGCUGGAGCUGGAGCAGCAGUUCCGGCUCAAAAUGCAGCAACAAUUAAAGACGCCGUCACCAUCAUCCGGCCUCUGCACCAUCUAUGAGGCCAUGGAGACCAGCGAAGACGAAGAUGAGGACAGAAUUCCACGUCAGGACUUCCCAGGAGAGCUGCCCUUAUGGGCUGCAAAUGGGAACCUCCGCCGUCCGCCUCCACGGGAGCUGGACUGGAACACAAAGGUGGAUAUGGUGCAGCAACUAAUCAACCAAGCCCUGUUGCUGGAGGGUGAAGACGGCUGCCCGCCGUUGCUUUACUUGCCAGGGCAGGGAGGGGGCAUCCUCAGCCCACUGGAGAGCAGCCUCUGGCCCCACAUCCUGCCUCAGCUCAGUCCCACAUCUGCCACAAUCACAUCUGUUAGCAGCUACUCUCCAACGAGCCAGGGCAGCUCGCCACAGGGUGACUGGACCAUAGUUGAGCUUGAAACACACCAUUAAGAAGUACCUGCAGAGCUUCAAAACGCAUUGCUACAGAACAGGGCCAGACAUAUUUGAAAAUUGUUGCCAAAUUUGGCAAGGUAAUUUUAACAUAAUAUAUAUAAUAGUUAUUUGGUAAAUAACAUGAACCCUGAUGUUAAUGAUCUCUCAACGUUUAAAGAGACAUUAUCAGUUCUUUUUUGGCUGGACUUUUGUCACUGCUGAUAAAUCUACAGAUUCUUAAUACUGACUGAUUUUAUUGAGCAACAGAUAUAUGGGUCAAGCCCUACUACAGACAAGUGAUGCGGACUUUAGUGCAUCAGCGGACUUUAGUGUAGGCCUGUUCCGUUGUCUGUGCCCAAGUUUAAAUUAAUCUGUUCUUAAUUGUGAAUAGUCCACUGUGCUUCUCACAUAGACUUAAUCUAUUUAUAGGAAAAGUGAACCAAUGGCUCGAAGACAGUGUGGAUGGGAUACUCUAUACCUACUAGCAACUGUUACAGUCUGCUGUCUGUUUUACAGUCUUAGCCAUUUGGUGUCACCAGUAUUCAUUUAUUUACUUAUUUAUUGUUGGUGGGUAGACAACAAAGACUCAGAUUUGUCUUACAGUACCAGUCAAACAUUUGGACACCCAUUCAAGGUAUGUUUACUUGACUGUUUUCCACAUUUCAGAAUAACAGUGAAGCAAAGGCUUUGUAGUAAAGGGAGACAGAAAAUGAAGGGGAUCAUUUCUAACAGUAAUGGAAUAACGCUUUACAUGGUAACUUUACAGCGGACUAACCCUUCACUAAACACAGCCGCUUGCCUUGUUGGUAAAGGUGUUGGCAGGAAAGCCCUCCUUUGUGCCGAUAUGAAGUAGCCACAACAACCCAAAAAACACAUCCCAAACAAUGUGAAUGGCACUUUAUUUAUAGGUAAGUUUAUAGGUCUCUCCCCAUUCAGUGAGAUAAGAGAUUCAUCUUGUACGGCUGGAAACAAGUUACCAGAAGCGGAAGCUGGCAGCUGAAUGAAUGAACUUUUGUAGAAGUCUUAAAAAUUAUGAAAUAAUUCAUGGAAAUUAUGAAACAUGACAUUUUUAGACUGUUAAAAGAAAAAGAAUGCCUUGCUGCAGCUUUACACACUCCUGGCAUUCUCUUAAUUUUGUGAGGAGACACUUGGGAUGCUUUUCCGGCUUUAUUUAGUCUUGAACAAGUUCCGGAGUGCUUGUUGGCUGAUAAAAACUUUCUGGGGGGCGAGUCAAAAAUUAUUUUUAGCUUUUAAAAUUUAAAUAUAUUCAUGAUCAUCAGCUAUACACUCCAUAUUUAUUUCAAGCAUUUGAGCAUUAAGUCUUUACUUAAAAAUGUCUUUAAGAUGAUGGAAAACAAUCAGAUGUGUCCAAACUUUUGAGUGGUACUGUAGUUGAUCAUACUAUCUACACUGGCUUUACCCCAUCGGGCCACACCCUUCUGUAUUUUGGACGUGCCCUGCUCCAGGCAGCUGCCAGUAUGACACUGUGGCACUAGUGGCCUGAUCUUACUAAAGCCCAGUUGUUCCCAGUCCUAAUCUGCACCAGACAACUGCCUCUGCUGAUGGAGAAGGUCAAAGAUAAAGCUGCGGAUCCCAUAUCCUGCAGCUGUAAGCUAACAUUGCCCUAUAUUUGCACUUAUGUAGGUUAUUAGAUUAGAUAAAUCCAUGCAUUAUACAUAGAAUCAUAGGUCAAUUCAUAGUGCCUGUCACACGUUCAUCUUCGCGUGCACCACAUUCAUCCAGAUUUAACACAAAAUAUGGGAUUGUAAGUAAUACCAUAUAACAUUGUGUACAUACUCUUGUAAUUCAUCUGCAUGACACAGCUUGUACGGUAUGAACCAACACAGGAUCAUACUUUUAGGAGUGCCUAAUCUAGGACCAGUAAUGCCUCUCUAUUAAGGCAAUGAUAUGGUGAAGGUAUGGCUGAUCCCAGAUCAGGACUGUAUCACUCAUUAGGUUAGUCUUCACACUUAUUGCACACUUAUUGCACACUUAUGUGAUUGCGAUAUUAGGAAUUUCAGGAGUCUACAGGAGUUUAGAGCUCGAUUUUGGAGGAAAGGGCAAUCCUGCAGUUCACCGAAAACUCACCAACGUGCCCUUACCUGAAUUUAGCCUUCUGGGUAGGGACUGUUCCUGACAGUGUGCUGUCAGCUUUAUUUUUAAUAACAGGAACUGAACUGUAUCCUAAAUGCUACUGAACAAAAUACAUGUAUCUGGCUGGCUAGUUAGCUAGCAAUGUAGCCAAUGUUGGGCCUUAUUCACCAAUACCAAUAUUUUUUCUUAAUUUUUUUUUUUUUAAUGAGAAAGGUCCUAGGAAAAAGUCUAUAUCAGAUUCAUGACGUUUUAAAUUGCAGAAUGGUUCACAGCUUUGUGCUCUUGAGUGUGAGUAGAUUCUGUUCUUACCUAAGAACAAAUCACAAAUGAGAAAACAUUUACAUGUAUGGCAUUUGGCUGACUCUCUUAUCCAGAGCGCCUUACAAUUCGA